GUCUUUGGGCCGUAAGUCCCAGUCAGCGGUGGUAAUCACCUGUACGAUCUGAGCUCGUCAGCAUUCCGAUAGCCCUCGCUGGUUUCUUUCUAGCGCGAGGUGGUGUUAAAGUGGGAGUGUGUCACCCACGGACGCGAGUUAGCUCCUCGGAUCCCAAGUCGGACGAUUCCUCCACCUUCCAGAUACCGUUGCGUGCAAGACUCACGCCGUUGACGGUCGGACAUAAAGCUCCUUCACAGUUCUUCAUCGUACCACCACCAUGUCGACUCGAAUCCCCUCGGCGAACGAGCCUACGCGAUCCUCUGACGACGUGGAGAAGAAGGAUGCUGUUGCCCUCACGGAGUCUCUUUCGCGGGACCCAUAUCCUCAUGCGUACGCCGAAGAGGACCUAUUUGAAGAGGGAGCCGUGGACGCUGUCUAUCAAGCGAAGGCACGCGUACUGAACGCUGCUGUGCGGGAGAUUGGAAUGGGAAGAUACCAGUGGUAUCUCUUUGUGGUUGCUGGUUUCGGCUGGUUCUCAGAUAGCGUUUGGCCACUUGUGGCAGGUCUCAUACUCAAUCCUGUCGUCGCCGAAUUCCAAGUCGACAGCCAAUGGUUGUCCUUGGCAUUGAAUAUUGGUCUAUUCGCCGGUGCGGUGUUCUGGGCUUUGGGGUGUGAUAUUUGGGGGCGUAGGUGGCCAUUCAACUUCACGUUGUUCAUCGCCGGUGUAUUCGGUCUGGCAGCCGGAGGCGCUCCCAACUUCGUCACCUUAGCCUCCUUGUUUGCUGUCGUAGGGUUUGGCGUGGGCGGUAACAUGCCCGUCGACUCUGCUGUGUUCCUCGACUUCGUGCCGGGAAGCCACCAGUACCUACUGACUAUCCUAUCCAUUUGGUGGGCAAUUGGCCAGUUGGUUGCGAGCUUGAUCGCCUGGCCGCUUAUUUCCAACAUAUCAUGCCCCGAGACUGCAACGACCUGCACCAAGUCCGAGAACAUGGGAUGGCGGUAUCUCCUGUUCACCUUGGGAGGCAUGACGCUUGUUCUUUGGGCCAUCCGCUUCUUCGCGUUCAACCUCGAGGAGAGCCCGCGGUAUCUCGUCGGUCGCGGUCGCGACGCCGACGCCGUUGCCGUCAUUCACAGAAUCGCUGCCUAUAACGGGCGCUCGUCUAGCUUGACCGUGGAGCAGCUCGCGGCGGCCGGAGAGCGCGCUGUGGAGGCGAACAAGGCUGCUGCAGGUGCAGCUGGCCUGCCCACACUAUUGAGCGGAACCUCAGUAUGGACGACGUACCACAUCAGGAGCUUGUUCAAGACCGCGAAGCUUGCAUGGUCAACUAGUCUGUUGAUUGUAAUUUGGGGCAUUAUCGGUCUUGCGUCCACGUUGUACAACAGCUUCCUGCCUUACAUUCUCGCACACCGCGACGCCAAUUACGGAGACAGUUCAUACUACACGACCUACCGUCAAGAAGUCAUACUCGGCGCGAUCGGUGUGCCAAGCGCGCUGAUUGCUGGGUGGGCGGUCGAGCUUCCGCGUAUCGGACGGAAGGGUACUCUGGCAAUCUCCUCGGGGCUCACUGGUGUCUUUCUCUUUGCGAGCACCACCUCCCACAGCUCAAAUGCGCUGUUGGGAUGGAACUGCGGGUACGCCUUUGCAAGUAACAUCAUGUAUGGUGUCUUGUAUGCUAUAUCGCCUGAGGUGUUCCCUGCGAAAGACCGAGGUACAGGUAACGGCCUGACAGCCACUGCGACUCGCGUCUUCGGGAUCAUAGCUCCAGUGAUAGCGAUGUACGCCAACCUCGAGACAGCGGCGCCCGUGUAUGUUUCGGGCGCCCUGAUCAUAGGCAGCGGAGCUCUGGUGCUCCUUCUACCCUAUGAACCUAGGGGGCGGACGUCCAGCUGAGCUAAUCCGUGGAAAGGUAGGUAUGUUAAGACUGGUUUGGUACGAGUAGUCACUUCGUGAUAAAGCAAUGGUUCUUCUUGGUGCUGUAGCCGUACUUCUUGUUGUUUGUUGUAGAAUGGUAUAGGCUCAAUGUAUGACUGUAAUGAGCUCCCCUCU